UUAAAAUUCACAGAUUAUUACUACAUUAUUCAAAGCAAUAAAUUCGAUUAAUUUUGUUUAUAUAUACUUAAUUAUAUCGAUCUAAGAUUGCUAAGUCUGAAUACCUAAAGCGUUAGUCAUGUAUUAAACGAAGACAUCAAGUGCGUACUGAUUGGAAUGAUAACAAUUAUUAUUCAUAUGUGUGAUUGAAGGAAGUGCAAGGACAUUCCCUCCUUCCAGAGCGGAUUGCCAGAGAAAGAGGACUGAAUCAUUGUGGUUUGGGAGCGAGUACCAUUCACAAAAGUAAAUGAUUGUCAAGUGCGUACACCGUUUUUUCCCCAACCCAAUAAAUUCCCUGUUGGGCCGCGGUAGCCGAAAGAAGUGCAGACCUCAGCACACCAGUCCCACACCUUAGUAGUGUAGUGUUGAAUCGCGCGGCCUGCCAACUACUACAACUUGGUGCGUUCUUGAUGCGAUCUCCACGAUAGAUCCGCGUUAUGCAACAUUAAGUGCUACUAUUAUGACAUCCGAGGAUGUCUUCAUUUAAAUCUCUGUUGUUACUGGUGCUACUGAAGACCUCAAGUAAUUUGGGUUUCCACGUGCGGGCUCAACAGGACGAUCAGGCUCGAAGCCCGUGCCCGGAUCACUUUCAGUACGUCACCGAGAACGAUCAAAUUAAGCACGGAUUGGUCACGAUCGACUGCCCGGAGGACAAUGUCAUCCAUCUGCAUAUCGGAUUAUCGGUGGGCAACAAUGUUCAGGGAUACAAUGGACAUUUGGAGUUGGCGUCAACGAGGGAACAAACUAUUGACGAUGUGAUGCACAGAAGACCCAUCAAUUACAUACUGAACUUUCCAUAUUGGAUAAACACCCCACCCAGAGUAACGAAGAUCGUUGUUAAUGGGAAAAUGGUUUGCUCAGGUCCCGCCAUCAGUCUGAAGACUGUACAAGUGUUGACCACCAUCAACCUGCAACAUAAGCUAACUGUUAAUUAUAGCAAAGGUCUCAGAGGAGGCGAGGAACCCGUCACUCCGGAAAACCGAGUGGACACCACCAAUCCACCCAACAAAGUCCCAAUUCCGGCAAUCGAUUUCCAACCGGUACUUCCCAAGGACCCGAGAAAAAUAUACCAAGGUAACUUUUUCAAUAAUCCGAGCCGGAACCAGUUUCCGGAUGAGGCGAAAUCUUCUGGUGAUAUAGAUUGGCGGACGCUGGGAAUGAAUGACGAAUCCUGCGGUGUCAGCCUGGUGACCAACCAGCUCAUAGCGAAAGGCGAGAGCGUAGCUAAAGGCCAAUUUCCGUGGCUCGUUGCGAUUUUCAUGGUCAGGAAUUUAGGUCCGGAGUUUCUUUGCGGCGGCAACCUAAUAUCAAGAACGCACGUGCUCACAGCCGCGCAUUGCAUGAAGAUUUCAAAUAAAGUGCACCGUUUCGAAAAGGUGUUUCUUCGCUUGGGUUCGCACAACAUUCAACAGUGGACCCAGAUGAGCGGAUCGAAGACCGUCGGCGUUUCAGGAAUCGCCGUACAUCCGGAUUACAGGCCCGAAUCCUCGGACGGGGAUAUAGCUUUGGUCACGAUGAGCGAGGCCGUCGACUUCACGAAAAUCAUUAGGCCUAUCUGUCUCUGGUCGGGAAGGUACGUCUUGGACGAUGUUGUCGGACAGUUAGGAACUGUGGUCGGAUGGGGCAAAGACGAACUCAACAACUUGAUCACACCGGAACCCAAACAAAUCAGAUUGCCCAUCGUCUCCCAGGAGGACUGUCUAAGAUCUCAUCUUGUUUAUACGAGUAUCACAUCGAAGAGAACUUUCUGUGCAGGUUUCAGAAAUGGUUCCGGUCCUUGCAACGGAGACAGCGGUGGCGGUUUUAUAAUGAAACGGAACGACAAAUGGACGAUCCGCGGGAUAGUUUCGAUGUCCGUGGCCAAGGAUAGGAACUGUGAUUUCUUCCAAUAUUUCGUCUUCAGCGAUGUGACGCAAUUCUUCAAUUGGAUUGUAGCGGCCGUCAAUGAAUCAAAGAAUUUUGACUGAAAUAUUAUACCUUAAAACUGUAAUAAGCAAUUGUUAAGUUUUUUUUUAUUGUAUAAAUAUUUAAAUACAUUGUUCACUUUUUGUUCUUAGUUAUUAACGUAAUUGUAAUUCACUGUGAUUAAAUAAGUGAUGCACAUGGUUUAUUCCAGUCAAUUAUUCUGUACCAAUUGAAUGUUCCUAUAGUUAAUAAGAUUUAUUUGCAUUCCAAAUUU